AUGUGUGGACGGUAUGCGCUGGGCGUCCGGCUAGCGUUUAUUCAACAGCGGCUCGAGGACCAAGGCAUGCCAGUUGAUGAUGCAGCGGAAGAUGAGGAUGUAAGGGAGACGUAUAAUUUUGCUCCGGGAAAUUAUGGCGCUGUGUACCGUGCCGACGCUCCUGAUCGCGGCUACGGCCACGAUGAGGAAGAUCAAGAUUCAACCGGUGGACCCGAAACCUCUGAGAAACAUGAAAAGGAAAAGGACCAGGCAGACCGGAUCCAGAAAUACAAGCUUCAGAGCAUGCGAUGGGGGCUCGUCCCGUUCUGGACUAAACGUCAGCCUGACUAUGGCUCGUUGAUGCGGACAAUCAACUGCCGGGAUGACUCGCUUGCUGAAGAUCGUGGUAUGUGGACAUCGAUGAAGAGACGCAAGCGGUGCAUCGUAAUUUGUCAAGGGUUCUACGAAUGGCUCAAGAAGGGACCGGGGGGAAAGGAGAAAAUACCCCAUUUCAUCAAGCGAAAGGACGGCGAUUUGAUGUGCUUUGCGGGUCUCUGGGAUUGUGUUUCCUACGAAGGAGCCGAUGAGAAGCUCUAUACAUACACAGUUAUCACCACCUCUUCGAAUCCUUACCUGAGAUUCCUACAUGAUCGAAUGCCGGUGAUCCUUGAGCCCGGGAGUGAAGCGAUGAAGAUGUGGCUUGAUCCCAAACGAACGACGUGGUCGAAGGAGCUCCAGUCGAUCUUGAAGCCCUAUGAGGGUGAUCUGGAGUGCUACCAGGUUCCCAAAGAAGUCGGAAAGGUAGGCAACAACUCGCCCGACUUCAUCGUCCCAAUCGACAGUAAAGAGAACAAGAAAAACAUCGCAAAUUUCUUCGCAAAUGCAGAGAAGCCGAAAUUAGGGUCACCGGUGCAGUUGAAAGAUAGGCAGGAUCAAAAAUUGACGGAGUUCAAAGUCACCCACGACAGAGACGAGCAGAGAACAACACAGGACACCGAAUGGAGUGAGGACAACGCUCCAGCACCCGUUCCGGGAGUCAAAAGAGAGAGGCCAGUUGAAGAACCUGAUGAGAUCCUACCAGAAGAACCGAAGAAACAUAAAACAGACACCGUUCCUUCAUCGACGCAGGAGAAAGGACAGGAAGUUCCAAGGCCCCCGACUACUCUAGGGAGAAAGACAAGGAGCGCGACACGCAAUAACACAAUUCCAAAAGCUGUCAAUAAAAAGCCCAAUGCUGGGUCACAGAGGAUCACGAAUUUUUUCAAAAAAUAG